UGUAACAUCGCGCUUCAACAGGCAAGAGAAGGAAACGGGUGGCGAAUGUAAAACCAGACACGUUCUGGAAGUUGCGAUAUGUAACUAGGAAAUAAGUACAAAGCUCGACAACACAGCACGCGUAUGGCAGAACUAGAGAGAUGAUACCUGAGAUUUCCACUCACCUGUUUUGAACCUCAGCAAAACCACCAAACCUUCCCCCACCCAACACUUUCACUAAUGCUAAUCUGCCUUAGAUCCAUCAUCAACUCUUCUCUGGUGUUGAUCUAGACACCACCAAACACCCACCAUGUCAAAUCCCACUGACCCCAGAGAGGAGAUCCUAGACUGGCUGACCAGCCUGCGUCUGCCCCAGUACGCUGACGGAUUUCACCUGGGGGGCUUCCAGUGCCUGGAAGACUGCAGGGGGCUCACUGAAAAUUGCCUCCUGGAGCUCCGAGUGUUCCCUACAGGCCACCGUAGACGGAUCCUACGUAGUUUGGAAGCCCUAAGAUUGGUGGUGGAAGAGCCGGGGGAAGGGGAAAAGGACGGGGAAAAUAGAAAGCCCCUCCCCCAACCCAGACACAUCUUCAUGACAAAUAAGAAAAGGGUGACUUCCUGCCAGCCUAGUGAGAGGGUAGAGCAGGCAAGAUGGGAGGGGAGGCAGACCCUACACCCUGGGGCUGGCUUAGGGAUUGAAGAGACAGAAGAGGAGAACACUAACACUUCUAUAAAGGGGUCUCUGAGACCACCUCGGCCGACACCGCGUGACCCUCGUAACGUACGCACCCCUUCCUCAGCUUCGAACUCCACAUCUGGCAGCUGUGACUCCCUCUCUGUCUCCUCCCACUCUGGAGAGGUACCCUCUGAUUGUGAGAUCUCCUCUGAGGAGCCCUCCCCUUCCUCUACAGACCUCUCUCCCGGGCCUGACCACGUCCUCUCUGGGAAAAACCCUGAGGUUUACCAGGGGAAGAUGGUGGAUAAUGUGAUCUAUGAGAGGGGCCCCAGCUUGAAGACACCAGCCAAGGGCCCCCGGCCCACCCGUUCCUACAGACUGAGGCACCGGCCGGUCCCUGGGAUUCCUGACCAAGUCAUCCUACCCCCACCGGACUGGAGCUUGCCUCCGCUAACAUCCACAACCGACCUUGAACACCUUCCCUGCGCCCAGGUUCCCGGCGGUGCUAACGUUAGCCAGAAAGCCCCACUGCAAAGAACGUUGUCUCCCAUUGUUCCUUAUGGAGAAACAUUCCUAUACAACAACCCAGAGAACGUACUGGACCAGGGUCCUAAAGAACUAUUUAAGAAAGAAAUCAAAGAGAAUCUCAAGCAGAAAAAGCUGAGAAAGAAGCAUAGUAAGAUCAAUGAGUCCAGGAAUAGCAACAAGACACAGGUCCCUCCACCUACUUCAACGGUCCACAACCUCUAUGAAGAUGACUACUCUAUAGUGGAAGAGUGCACCACCAGUUGGGAACUAUCCAAUCAUGCUUGGCCUAAUGCUGCUACGGCGACCCCGGAGCCCCUCCUCUCCGGCCCCCCGCCCGGCCCCGCCCUCUCCCAGGUCGUUCCCAUGACAAUGGUGGUGUGUGACCUCUACUCGGAGCCCUUUGACACGCUGGGUGGUCUGGUGAAGAAUACGUUACCCGUGUUACCCGCAGACCACGCGGAUAAUAUCUCCCCUUACGCCUGCUUCUACGGGGCCCCUAAGACCAAACUCAAGAUGGGGUGGCUGGACAAGCUCUCACCGCAAGGAAACUGUGUUUUUCAGAAAAGAUGGGUGAAGUUUGAUGGAGAGAACCUCUCUUAUUACAACAAUGAUAAGGAGAUGUACUCUAAAGGCCUGAUCCCGUGCAGUGUGAUGAAAGAUGUGCGAGGGCAGGGGGACAACCGCUUCGAAGUGGUCACCUCCCUCAGAACCUUCGUGUUUCGUCUGGAGCGGGAAGGGGAGCGUCAGGAGUGGAUGGAGGCUCUUCAAACGGCCAUACGCUCCCCUGCCUCCAUUUCCCAGAAGCCCCAGAAGUGUGGCACCAACAAACAUGGCAGCAUGGAGCUGAGAGGGUACAAAGGCAAAGUGUACGUCUCCCUGACGGGAACCAGAUUCAAACUCUGCAAAUCAGAACAGGACUUCAGAGCUGGCCUGGGUAUUUCCCUGAUCGAUUUGACUGCUUCUAACAUUAAAGAGACAGACAGGAGGCUCUUCCAAAUCAACACCCCCUUCAGAAACUUCUGCUUCACGGCCGAGUCGGAAAGGGAGAAAGAGGAGUGGAUUGAAGCAUUCCAGGAAUCGAUAGCCGAAACGCUCUCCGAUUACGAAGUGGCCGAGAAGAUCUGGUUCAACGAGUCCAACAGGAUCUGUGCCGACUGCCGUGCGUCGCAGCCCGAAUGGGCCUCCAUCAAUCUGGGGGUUGUCAUCUGUAAGAAGUGUGCAGAUUUCCCCAAGCUGGAGUCAUCCUCAGAGACCAGUUCUCCGUCUGAUGCUCCGUCCUUCAUGGACGGCUUCCUCUACUGCUCCGCCGGUCCGACCAAGGCCACCCUGGACAGGAGAGGCAGAGACGACAUGGUGCGACGCUGGUGUACCCUAGAGGGGGGCUUCCUUAGCUAUUAUGAGAAUGAACGGAGCCCCAUGGCCACCGGCAGAGUGGACAUCACUGAGGUGGUCAGUCUGGCCGUCAACAAAACAGAGACCAUGACUGGAACAGGGGCUGUGUUCAUGGUGGAGAUCUACCUACAGUCAGACAGAGUGUUCUUGUUUGGCGCCAAGACACAGGAGACACAGCAAGACUGGGUCCAGGCUAUCGCCAAGUGUUUCGUCCCAUCUAAAGUAGAGGCUAUGUUGAGGAGAGACUGCGAGCUGAUUGGUCGGCUCUACUUUAAGGAAGGUCAUGACCUCUACCACUGGAGGGUUGGUUGGUUUGCUCUGGAAGGCUCCGCCCUCUACUUUAGUUCCGGGGAGAGGACACUGGGGGCCAUGCAGCUCAAACAACUACAGGAACUCACUGUUUCCACACAUGUAGAAGGUGAGGAGAGGAUCCAGGUGCUCUUGAUGGUGGAGGGUGGAAGAACUGUGUACAUCCAUGGUUUCAACAAAGUGGACUUUGCGCUGUGGCACUCUGCGAUCAAAUUGGCCUCUGGCACGGACGGCAGGGCUCUAAGCAACCAGCAGCUGAGUAAAAAGGGCGUCCCCAUCGUUGUGGACAGCUGCAUAGCUUUUGUCACCCAGUACGGUCUGUGCCAUCAGGGGAUCUACAGCGUUAGGGGGGACCCGGGCCGUGUAUCCCUGCUCCUGGGGGCCUUCAGGCAGGACGCCCGCAACGUGAAGCUCCAUGUCCUGGAGCACCAACUGGAGGACGUCACUGACACCCUGAAGACCUUUCUGUCCCAGGCCGAGGACGCCUUGCUGACCAAGGAGCUCUACCCCUACUGGGUGUCUGCUCUAGAUGAGGAGGAUGAGAAACGGAGAGUGGAGAAGUACUCUAGAUUUAUCCAGAGUCUUCCCAAGAUCAACAGAUCCACCCUGACUGCUCUGCUGCAACAUCUCUACAGGGUCCAGAGGUGCUCCCAUAUAAACCAGAUGCAGACCAGAGACUUAGCCUGUGUGUUCUCCUCAUGUCUCUUCCAAACCGAGGGACAAACCACACCGGAGAUCAGCGUGGUCCAAGACCUCAUCACCAACUAUGUACAACUUUUUGGGGUCAACGAGGACCAACUCAAGCAGAUGGAGAGUGAGAACAGUUUCAUCACACGAUGGAACGACAAAAAAGACACCACAUUCUCUCCGGCCGGGGACUUGAUCUUUGAGGUGUACCUGGAGAGGAGGGAGCCGGAGAACUGCUGCUUAAUCAAGUUGUCUCCUACCAUGAGGUCAGACGAGCUGGCAGAGUCCACGCUGGUUACGAGGAACGUGGUCACCAACCCGGGCGACCUCUGGACCACGUUCGAGGUCAUUGAGAACGGAGAACUGGAACGCCCAUUACACUACAAAGAGAAGGUUCUGGAGCAGGUGCUGGAGUGGAGCACUCUAGACGACCCCAGCUCCGCCUUCCUCGUCAUCAAAAAGUUUGGAGAAGACAAAAUGGCAGACACUCUCCCAGGCAGAAAGGAAAAACAGUUUAUGAGAGGGGAACAGGUGAAGUUCAAGGAUGGGUCCUCCAAGCUGCUUUCUGGACAUAAAUUCCAGGACAGAUAUGUCAUCCUCCGAGACGACAAGCUGCUACUGUACAAAGAGAUGAAAAGCACUAAGCCAGAGAGAGAGGUCCCACUGAAGUUAGUCAAGUGUUACCUAGGACUGAAGAAGAAGCUCAAACCACCCACCAGCUGGGGUUUCACCGUCUACACAGACAAACAGCAAUGGCAUUUCUGCUGCGAGGGGAAGGAGUCUCAAAUAGACUGGGUGACUGACAUCAUCGCCAUGAAGCAUGGAGGAGACCUCUGGUCAAAGAACAGAGAUCACAGCAGACCUGCAGUUCAAAAAAGCAUGUCAGCAGCCCAGCAGAGUCCACAGAACAUUAAACACAAAACCAGCAAAAAUCCGUCAGACAGAAAGUUGUCCCUAAACAUCAGCACACCUCCCAGUGAAGACAAGAAAACAAGGAAUAGUGAAGAUUGUGGCAGUCUCCAGUACAAAACAGCCAUAGUGGCUAAUUGCUUGAAGCAGAAGGACCGACUCGUGACCCCCGGGACUGGUCAGAGAAAUGUUUCAGCGGGAGUGAUCCAGCCCCAGCGCUGUCCCUCUCCACGCCCAGAGGCCCAGGACCCUCAGAGUGGCGUCAAGAACCCCAACAGGAGGCCCGUUCGGAUGGGAGAGGGGGGUCUAAUGCCACCCAACCUCCUCAACGAACUUAACUCUGUGCUGAAUAAGACUGGCCGUAGCGCCAAGGAGGAGAAGAGCUGAUGGAGAGAUCGAGAAGCCCAGAGAAAAGAAGAAGAUGAAAAUGUAACGUGAGGCUGAGACAAAGAAAGUGCAACAAAGGGAAUGGAAGAUGAUUAGAAUGAAAAAACAGAGCGACAUGGAGACAGAAAUACUGUGGAGACAGAAAUACCGUGGAGACAGAAAGAGAGACAAAGCGAGAAACUGAGAACAAAAAACAAGUUGUCAUUCUCUACAAGAGGGACCCCCGGGAGGAAAUUAGAGUUUGGAGCGGAGAACAGGUCCAAGUGCUAUUGAUGGACAUAUUAUGGGAAAUUUCAGGUCGACCAACACACUAACACAGUCAUUUCUAACAGUUCUCGAGUCUGCCCAGAUACAUUUCUACACCAUUACCUAUGCUAUACCAAACUAAUUAUACUAUCAAAUUCUAUAACAUUUUUGGCUUUCGUUAAAUUCAAUAUUGAUAUGAUAUGAUUAAUAUUGGUUGACAAGGAAUAUCUUCUUCUCCAAAGGAAUGUACUGUAUCUAUUCUGUUAUUGCAUUAAAUGUUAUUUCCUGGUGACAUACUACAUCAAUUGUUUUUAUAUUGUACAGUUGUAUAAUACACUGCACAUUGUACGUUCUAUUCUUUGACUGUAUUUGUGUAUAACAUACUGUACUGAAUGUUUUAUGCGUAUUAGGAAAUGGGGGACACUGUUAACCCAUAGUAUUCGAUAUGUACAGUAUAUUUCAUUACGUAUUAUUUCCUUCACAAACGACUUGAUUUAAAAAAAAAUAUGAAUACUGAUCAAUUCUUAUCCAAAGAUCUGUUAUAUCGUUUGAGUGCCAGGGCAUAUGCUUUUCCAAAUGGGAUUUGAACCCAUUAAAAAAAGACUCUUCCCGGAAAAAAAAACGCCUCCAACUUUUAUUUUCUGUCGUUGUUUUAUUCAUAGACCUCAUCAAAGGGUUCUUUUUUUUUUUUUUUAUUGUAGUAAAAUGUAAAAAUAAAC